AUGGGUGAUCCCCAACUGAAACUGUAUUCCUACUUCAGGAGCUCUUGCUCUUACCGUGUCCGGAUUGCCCUCAACCUCAAAGGUUCUUGUCAUAUUUCGCAGUAUUUGGACGAAAAGUAUCCACAACAUCCAUUGCUACCUAAAGACCUUCAACGAAAGGCCUUUAACCUCCAGGCUGAUAUAUUCCUGGCGCCCCAGAUUCAUGCAGCUUGUACAAGGUUCAAUCUAAACAUGACCCAGUUCCCCCUUUUGUCCAGGUUGCAUGAGGCAGACAAUGAGUUACCAGCAUUUGUAGAUGCUAGACCAGAUAAUCAGCUAGAUGCUCCUUCAUAA